GAUCGUCAAGGCGGUAACCUAAAGCUGCCAUCAAUUAACACUUCCUGGUGGCUUCCCGCUCCACCCCGCUCAGUUUUUUUGCAGCGGAACAGAUGCCCUCUAGGCCCUGUAAGCAAUAACCCCUCCACUGGUACGGUACAUACGGUCCUGGGAGAGGAGGGGUCGAGUAGCUUAUGGGCGAGGGGCAAUGUCGAGGGUUCAUCUCGAUGGACUGGACCCCCCUCUCGGCCACUGGAAAGAAGGACAAAGGCUGGGCUCCUUGAGUGCUUACAGGCUUCACGAGAGCUAAAAUCGCCUGGGCAAGCUGGGCUACCAUAUCCACCGGCAGCGUCCGCCCAUCCACAGAACCUAAACAAAAACCACAGCCUGAAAAAACAGUGUCCACUGCUACGCCCACUUACACCAAUCAAAGACUUUAGAAAAAAACUUGUCGAGGGCCUCGCACCUUUUUCUUUGCCCCCUCCAUCUCUUUUUUCCGAGUUUGGCCCUUUUCUCCUUCUUCUCUUCUCCAUCCCACUAUUAAGCACCACUCUCAGCUUUUUUUCUUCUCUCCUCCUCAACCUCACUCCUUUCUCCUCAAAGAACUCGACUUCUUGUCAAUACCGUCAAAAUGGCCGCCCCCAACGAUGCUGAGGUGAGUUUACCUGCUCCUGCUGCUGCGUCUGUCGAGUCCAGGCGCACGCGCCCACGAAAUCUGCCCUUGCGCCCAUUUUUCGCCUGGAGAUUGACACCCCGCAUUGUGACCUAUGCCCCACGAUACAAUACUGCCAUUUGAAUUAUUGAAUCGAGCUUCACAAACCAUUAAAAUAACCAUCACCAUCACAUUAUGCUCAUAUCUAUCAAGAAUUUUGCUAAUGGCUCCUUUCCCCCCUGGUACAGCAUGAGAUGACCUUCGAUUCGGCCGAUGCCGGUGCCUCUCUUACCUACCCUAUGCAGUGCUCUGCUCUGCGUAAGAACGGUUUCGUCGUGAUCAAGAACCGCCCUUGCAAGAUCGUCGACAUGUCCACCUCCAAGACCGGAAAGCACGGUCACGCCAAGGUCCAUCUCGUUGCUACCGACAUCUUCACUGGCAAGAAGUACGAGGAUCUUUCUCCCUCUACUCACAACAUGGACGUCCCCAACGUCUCUCGUCGCGAGUACCAGCUGCUCGACAUCUCCGACGACGGUUUCCUCUCUCUCAUGACCGAUGACGGUGACACCAAGGACGAUGUCCCUCUUCCCGACAACGAGGUUGGCCAGAAGAUCACCAAGCUCUUCAAGGAGGAGGAGAAGGACACCAACGUUAUUGUUCUCACCUCCAUGGGCGAGGAGUGCGCCAUGGAAGCCAAGGAGGCCCCCAACCAGGGUUAAAUCGCCUAGCCUUUGAUCCGCACCCUCCUUUAAAUGGCACUUGGCCUCUGAGCUCCGCAUUGAAAGAUGAACUGGACUGGGGAUUUUUGUUUUGAUGAAUGUUUGGCACAUCAAUACUCAUGGGCCAUGGAUUGGGCAUUGCGCAGAAGGACUCUAUCUGGACAGGAUUGCCUGCUGGUUAUGAUAUACGGCAAUUCUGAGCACACGAGCCUCGGGCUCAAAAAAUGUUUUCCUUUGUUCCUAGCUCACACGCUGCACAUGCCAUCAUGUCACGAUACGUAGCGGCAAUUUUAUGAAGAAAAAAAUGGGAGAGCUUUGGAGUUGAUCAUGACUUGUUGAUAAUGAGUGACGUGAACUCUGUGAAGUCGUUGGGCACCAUGGUAACAUUUGCUUAAUGCGGCGUGCGUUGCGUAGGACGAGACAGUAUAUUCUCUGGACGAACAUAUGUUUGGACCUAUAGUACAAACCUGCAUUUAUUGUUACACAAUCCAGAAAACGCAACAUUGUGGGAUG